UCCUUGAGAGGUAUUUAAUGCUAAAGUAGGCAGACUCUCGACUAUUCCUCUGAAGCCCACGCCUACAGCCAGGCAGUGGCGCUGAGAAAGCAGUACCUGGGCAGCCGCCCCAAGGCAUACCAGUGCUUUUGCCCCAGCUAGGCUCUGCUACCCUAACAGACCGCCAAGAUGUGUGACAUGGGGGGACUCGAUAACCUGAUCGCCAACACAGCGUACUUAAAUGCCAGAAAAAGUGGCGAUGUCGAUGCUAAGGAGCUGCAAAAAAGGUGGAGGGUCCUUGCACUGCCCAAGAUGGAGGAAUGUGCUGCAAUUAAGCAAUCCAUUACUAUGGACUAUAACAAUAUUUGCGAGCAACAGCCUAUCGGGAAGAAAUUUUUCGGGGAAUUUUUGGAGACUGUGCCUGAAUACCUGUUGGCCAAGGAGUUCAUGGAUGAAGUGUAUGCUUGGGAGUUAGCAGAAGAUAAUAUCAAAAGCAGCCUCUUAGAGGGCAUAGUCAACAUGUAUCUGAAGAAUAUCAGCAAUAGCUUCUUGAAAUAUCUCAGUGCAGAUCUGUCCAACAAGUGCCAGUCGGCGUCUAAAGAUGAUUUUGAGAAAAAUGUGCAGUCAGCCAGGGAAGAGACAACUGAAUACCUUAAAGGAAAACCAUUUCAAGACUUCCAAAGUAGUCCAUUUUUUGACAAGUUUGUGCAGUGGAAAGGCUUUGAGAAACAACCUGUUAACGAUAAGCUCUUUGAUGAAUUCCGAGUGUUGGGAAAAGGAGGCUUUGGAGAGGUAUGUGCCAUCCAGGCAAGAAAUACUGGGAAGAUGUAUGCCUGUAAGAAGCUUGACAAGAAAAGAUUGAAGAAAAAAGGCGGUGAAAAUAUGGCUUUGCUAGAGAAGGAAAUCCUGGAGAAAGUCAACAGUCGUUUCAUUGUCACUCUGUCCUAUGCUUAUCAAAGCAAAACUGCUCUAUGUCUUGUCAUGAGCCUCAUGAAUGGAGGAGAUCUUAAAUAUCACAUUUACAACGUGGGUGAAAAAGGUUUGGAAAUGGAUAGGGUCAUCUUCUACUCAGCUCAGAUCACGUGUGGGAUCCUGCACCUUCACUCCAUCAAAAUUGUCUACAGGGACAUGAAGCCAGAAAAUGUCCUCCUGGAUGAUAAUGGCCAUUGCCGGUUGUCUGAUCUUGGCUUGGCCGUGGAAGUCAAGGAGGGCAAAGAAAUCAGGCAGAGGGCUGGAACAAAUGGAUACAUGGCUCCUGAAAUCCUAAACGAAGAAGCUUACACCUACUCUGUUGAUUGGUUUGCUAUGGGAUGCAGUAUUUAUGAGAUGAUUGCUGGCCGAACUCCGUUCAAGGAUUUCAAAGAGAAGGUCAAUAAGGAUGAAGUAAAAAAAAGAACAUUAGAAGAUGACCCUAAGUUUGAGCACAAAGAUUUUGAUGAACCAACAAAAAGUAUCUGUAAUUUGUUCUUGGCGAAGAAACCAGAAAAUCGUUUGGGAAGCAGGAGCAACGAUGAUGAUCCCAGGAAACAUCCUUUCUUCAAGUCAAUAAAUUUCCACCGGCUUGAGGCAGGCCUUAUAGAUCCGCCCUUUGUGCCAGAUCCAUCCGUUGUCUAUGCCAAAGAUGUUGCAGACAUUGCUGAUUUCUCUGAAGUGCGAGGAAUUGAAUUUGACGAGAAAGACAAGAAGUUCUUCAAGAAAUUUGCCACAGGUGCUGUCCCCAUACCUUGGCAGGAAGAAGUGAUUGAAACAGGAUUGUUUGAAGAACUCAAUAAUCCCAACAGAGUAGUUGGAGUUGAGAGUAAAUCUGGAGUUUGUGUGCUGUUAUAAAUAUUACUUGUUCAGGAAAUGUAAAAGGUGGAAAUGCAUCGCUGAGCCUUUCACAAUUUCAAAGACCCAAAGAUGUGUUAGCAAACCCAUAAAGGCCAGCUGAAUAAAGUUUUCUUUUGUAUUGGUUUUUUGCUGGAAACUUUGCAAAAAUCUGUGUUUGCUUACAGUGGCAAGAAGAUUUAACAGCCCAACAUAGUGGUUUCUGGCUACAACGUGAAAGGUGGGAAUCACCCAUUUCAAUACAAUAUUUCCUUGGAUUUUGCCACUGCUUUGUGGGUGUUUACAAUUUCUUUGUACAAAGGACUCACAAGGGACACAAUCAAUAUUAUUUUUAUUUAGGAAAUUGAGAAUAUUGAUAUAGGAUAAUCUUUGUUGAUUAUGCUACUCCAUAUAUUAAACAGAAAUAUAAAUGUCUCAGGAUUCUUUGAUUUUAUCCUCCUAUCAGUGGGGACAUGAGAAAAGCCUCCCACAAGGAUGGUAAAACAUCAAAACAUCUGGGUGUCCCCUGGGCAAAGUCCUUGCAGACAGCCAAUUCUCUCACACCAGAAGUUACUUGCAGUUUCUCAAGUUGCUCCUGACACAUUUUUUUU